AUGGACGCGAAAAUUCCCGCACCGCUGGAUUUCAGUGGAAACAUUGCAGAAAACUAUAAAAGAUUCAAACAACGAAUCAAUAUAUACAUGACAGCAAACGGUUUUCAAGAAAAGAGUGGUGAAGUUAAAGUGGCAAUACUUCUGAAUACAAUUGGUGAUGAGGGUAUUGACAUAUUUAAUAACUUUAAUCUCAGUGAAGCUGAUCAGAAGAAAUAUGAUGUAGUGGUCAAGAAGUUUGAUGAAUACUUUCUUCCCAAGAAAAAUAUAAUUUACGAGAGAUUUCUAUUCUAUAAAAGGAUACAAGAACCUAAUGAGCCAGUAGAUAACUUUGUAAAAGAGCUGAAAAAAAUUGCGCAAAAUUGUGAAUUCAUGGAUGAGCAAGAUAUGAUCCGUGACAGACUAGUAUUGGGUAUUGCGAAUGUAACACUACAGGAGAAGCUGUUAGGCAUGACAGACUUAAAGUUGGAGAAGGCAGUGGAAAUUUGUAGAGCCAAGGAGGCAAUAAAAGAAAAGCUCAAGACAAUGCAUGAAGAGAAGGCAAUUGAGAAAAUUGAGAAAAGAUCGCCGUCGAAGUGGAAGCAGAAGCAGCCGAUCAGUCCCAAGGGUCAAGGAAGGAAGGAAGAAACGCAAGACGUAACAGAAUUUCAGUGCAGAAGGUGUAACAGAAGGCAUCGCCCAAGCGAAUGUCCAGCAUUCGGGAAAAAAUGUAACCGGUGUGGAAAGUUAAAUCACUUUGAGGUAGCAUGCAGAGUAAAAGGAAUUCAAGAGGUUGAAGAUGUGGAGGAGGAUGAGAUGCUGGCAAUCGAGUCAGUAAAUAUUGUUAAGAGCGAAGUACUACAGAUAAGUGUAUCGGAAUGGUUUGAAAAUGUUAAAUUAGAGAAUAAGAUUAUUAAAUUUAAACUGGAUACAGGUGCACAAGUAAACAUUUUGCCAGAAAAAAUAUUUAAUAGCUUGAACAGCAUGAACACAAAAUUAGAGAAAACAAACAUUAUAUUGGAAGCUUAUGGUGGCCAAAAAUUUAAGCCGAGUGGUAAAGUUAGAUUAAGAUGUAAAGCUAAAGGUUGCGUUAGAAUUCAGGAAUUUAUUAUUGUUAGAAAUGAAAGAGUACCGUUAUUAGGCUUGAAAUCUUGUAUAGAGUUAGGAUUAUUAAAGAAAGUUGUAACAGUUAAGGUUAUAGAAGGCAUUAUUGCUAAGACUGAGGGACCUGUCGAAUGGUCAAGUAAUUUAGUUAUUGUAGAGAAACCAAACGGUACAUUAAGAAUCUGUUUGGAUCCAGUAGACUUGAAUGAAAGUAUUAAGAGAGAGUUAUGUUUGCUGCCAACUUUAGAAGAGAUAAGUGCCACUCUGUCAGGUAUGGAGCCAGACAGUGAAAGAGUAAAAGCUGUGAUAAAUCUUAAAAGUCCACAAAAUAAGAAGGAGAUGCAAAGAAUAUUGGGAAUGUUUAAUUAUUUUCGUAAUUUUAUACCUAAUUUGUCGGAGCUGUCAGAGCCGUUAAGGUGUCUACUGAAAAAAGAUGUAGAGUUUUCCUGGUCAUCAGUAAGUGAGAGGGCAUUUGUUAAUUUGAAAGAAACACUUAUGAAAGCCCCGGUAUUAACAAACUUUAACAUUAAUAAGGAAAUUACGAUACAAACAGAUGCAUCCAGCAAAGGACUGGGAGCAUGUCUAUUGCAAUGUGGAAAGCCAAUAUUCUUUGCAUCGAGAAGUUUAACUGAAUCGGAAAAACAGUAUGCUCAAAUCGAAAAAGAAAUGUUGGCAAUUGCGUUUGCGGUACAUAAAUUUAAGAAUUUAUGGAAAAACAACGACAGUAUGGACUGA